ACACGGGCGGACUCCGGUCCACGAUGUUGGCUAAUCAAACACACCCCUCUUCAGGUUGAGCAACAGCUCUCUGUGCUGCUUGUUAGUUCAUAAACUAGUGAGUUAGCAACCGCUGGCAAACCGCUAUUAUGAGUUAAAACGAGAGAUAUGAUUUGAUGACGUUUUGUAGGAACAAAUAUAAACUAAAACUGUGGUUUAAACUUUUAUUUUGUCGCCAUGUCUUCCAGAAAGCGUAAAAGAUACUACAAGGACAUUAAGUGUGUUUUCUUUCCGGACGAUAUCGAAAAUGGUUUACAAAAAGUGGAGAGGGAGCCAACAUCACUUUCAUCAGUGUCUACCGCCAAGAGCUGGGAGAAGUGUGGAGACAGUUUCCUGCACACUCCAGUGAUAAAGAACCUGAAGUCAUCUGGAAGGAAACUGUCUGACAUAAGAAAGUCCCCUGCUUUUGUGCAGACCAGUGCUGUUCACUGUAAUGAGAGCCCAGUGCACAUUGCGUGGAGCUCCAGCGACAGUGAACAGUCUGAUAAUGAGACACAGGAGCAGCAUCCCUGCAGAGUUGUGGUUCAGCAGCAACGACAUCCUCAGAGACCACGGAGACCCCAAGGUCCAACUCAGUCUUACACAAGAGCGCUGCGCAUGCUCAGCGCUGAUAAAGAUGACCUCCCUGUUAUUGACACAGACAGUGAUCUGGAUGACUCUGAUCGUGAAACGGACAGUGGACAACAAAUCUCUGACUGUGAAUCAGAGUCCUCGGAUGAAAAACCAAAAGAUUUAUCUCCCAAUCCUACAAAUAUGACUGAGCCCGAAAUCUCAGGCUACGUGUCUGAUGGCGAGAAUAUUGACACCACAUUGACUUCAAGCAGACUGGGCUUUCCUCCUGCGGGUGAGGGCAGCAAAAGGUCAAUCAGUGACUGGGUCAGAUCUGCUCAGGCGAUGCUGCAGACGCCUCAGAAACCGCAGUGCAAAAGGGAGUCCAAGACACCAGAAGACUCCGCCAAAAAGAAAAGGAAAUUUCAAAGCGGAGGUCUUGCUGAGAGGCUGAAUCGUCUCCAGAGCAGACAGAGGUCAGCUGUGAGCUUCUGGAGGCACCAGUCCAUCUCUGACACCUCAACAACAACAACAGUGGACAGGCCUGGCGUGCUGGUGCUGGAGGUGCUGGAGGUUCAGGAGGAGUGCAGCAUGCAACUGGCGCACUGCGAGCACCACCAGCCUCCUGGAGAGGGCCACCAACACAGCGAGCCUCCCUCUGAGCAAAGAGCUCGUUUGCUGGUGUUGUUCAACAAAGAGACUGCAGCCCAGCUGAUUCCUGCACCCAGAGAUAUCAUCCACAUAUACCCGCCAUGGCAAAGUCUUUCUAUCGAGGGCUUCAGCUGUGACAUUAUUCUGAACACACACUUCAGCCAGAAAGUCUUCUCUGGUACCAAAACAGCCAACACGUCCGCUCCUCGUUGCAAUCUGUAUUCGCUGUGCAAGACGUUUGGACUACUGGAGCAAUGCAGGAGCACAGCAGGGAUCAGUGCCAAACAGGUUGCUGCCUCUGAUGCUCUGUGCAGUUUUGGUGGUCCGGGCGUUUUCACAAGGCACUGCCUUUCUCUCCUGGAAGCGAUUGAGGGGCUGGGCCAGGCUGGCUCUAUGGGGCAGGACGUGAUGGUGGUGGUCCAGAGAGUUUACUCCAUCCCUCUGCCUGGCUGCUCUCCCGUGUCCAUCCUCAAGCCCAGACUUCCCACCAGGUCGUCCUCAGCUCCUCCUCCUGCAGAGAAAGGCAAAACCAGGCUCUGUGUGCUUGUCCAGGAUAGUUACGGGAUGUUCAGCGUGAUCCAGCUCCACCUUCUACCUUGCAAGGACGACCUCCACCAGUACCGCCGCAUGUGGCAGGGGAGGACCUGCAUGCUGAGAGCCAUUAAAGUGAUGCAGCGGGUCACUCGAGAAAGGAGCACCAGGCUUUUCAGCCUGAUAGACAGUCUGUGGCCUCCAGUGAUGCCUCUUAAAGAUCAUGGAAACACACCCAGUACGCCCAGUGAAAGUCGACCAGCAGGUCCAGCUCCGAGUUUCUGCUACCUGCUGUCUGGUCAGGAGAGCUCAGUUGAACCCACUGAGCAGAAAACUGUGUCCCCGCUUUACCUUCCACCCACUAAACAAAACCUACGAGACAUACUGCAGGGUGAGCUGAAAACAUGUCGCUGCAGUUUUGUUGCCACUGUUCUGUACAAGAGAAUAAUGCAGGGCAGUGAUGUAGGCCAGGGUGAGGUUUGGUUGGGGCUGACAGACCCCAGUCUUCAGGAGGAGCAGCCUGAGAGGCCGUGCAGGCGAACUGUGGCCCUAUGUAUGAGCACUUCCUGUGUGCUCACUUCCCCUGUCCUCGAAGCACUAAAUUCCCCCGUUGCUUGCCGCAUGUCAUUCACAGAUGCCAUCAGAGAUCAUGGUGUUCUCCUGUGUGCGGAGCAGUCAGUUGUUGAGAUGAGCUCUGUGGACCCUGAGGGCAGCCUCCAGUCUUCAGCCAGGCCAGAGUCACUUUCACAGUCGCAGCCUCAGGCAAAGACCCUGCCCCAUCCUGUGAGACUGGAUCCUCUGAGUCCUGAGAUCACACCCAACUCCCUCUGCUCUCUCUCAGGGGUGAUAGUUGGUGUGGAUGAGAGCACUGCCUAUUCCUGGCUCACCUGCAACCACUGUGGAAGUGACAACUUAGAGAUGUCAGCUGAAAUACCUCAAAACUUGCACUGUGUUUCUUGUAAGUCGCUGGUGGAGCAGCCUGUUAUGAGGGUUCAACUAGAAGUGUUCCUCAGUACUUCGUUAACUAAUUGCACUUUGAAGGUUAAGCUGCAGCAAAAGACGAUCAUGUCUGUCCUGAACAUUGCAGCGCUGGAGGGAAAUGAGUUCCCAGGUUACGAUGUGGAGAAUGUCCUGGGAAAAGAGUUGGGCCCCCUCGCUGCUUAUGUCCGAGUGGUCACCAGGAAACCUGCCCUCUGGAUCGGCCUGGAAGAGAUCUGCCUCUGAGGCUGUCAGGGCAAGUAGCUAAUGAUAUCAAUCCUCAGGCUUCAGCAGGUUCCAAAGAUCUGCACACUAGGCCUCAGUAUGAGCCAGUUCAGCCCCCCUCUGAAGGCCUCCCUGACAGCUUCAGGCUGUGCUGAAGUGAACUGGC